AUGAAGCUUUUACACUCCGCUCUUGCCACAGCGCUAUCAUUGGCACCACUUGUCGCUGCUUCUUGUGAUUUUGUCGGUGGUAACUACUACUGCUCCAAAACUGAUGCCGUUGUUUAUCAAAACGUCGGUUACUCGGGCUCUUACAUGGAUGUCACUAAUAUUGACGAGAGCUCUUGUUCGUGCGAACAGGAGUCCGUCUCCUUCGAGGGCUCUUUGUCUCCGCUCGAUGAAGAGCUCUCUGUUCACUUCAGAGGUCCACUAGAGUUAUUGCAAUUUGGUGUUUACUACCCAUCUUCUGGCUCUUUGAAGAAGAGAGAAGAUUGCGACGUUGCUACUCGUCAUCACGACCACAAGCGUGAUGCUGCCGUUGCGGUUGUUCACGUCACCUCUACCAUGUACGUCGACGGCAAUGGCAAUCCUGUUGCUGCCACCAACCCAUCUGCCACUGCUGUUUACGCCACUUCUUCAUCUUUGGCUCCAGUCGCGACCACUUCCUCUUCAUCUUCAUCUUCUUCGGCCGCUGCUCCUACUUUCCAUUCCUCUGCAGCAUCAAGCUCUUCAUCUGCUGCUCCCCUUUCGUCUUCUUCUUCGACUCAAGGCCAAUCAUCUUCCUCUUCUUCCUCGUCGAAAGCUCCAUCUUCUUCUUCUGGGUCUAACUCAGGCUCUGGGUGGAAGAGAGUAUCGUACUACACCCCAGGCUCUGCAAGUAACUUGACUUUCAUGAACCACCAAGGUGGUACAGCCGGCUCUGGUACCUGGUCCGCGUGUUUCGGUAACUCGAUCUCAUACUGUGCUGCUGACGGUGUGUCCGGUGCCGCUUCUCCACAAGCUUUGAACCAAGUGACUUUGGCUUCUAACAAAGAGUACAUGAUCUUCUCUGGUGUUGACUGCUCCGACACUUCUUCCGGAUCUUGUGGUGUUUACCGUGAGGGCAUUCCUGCCUACCACGGUUUUGCUGGUGACACCAAAAUGUUUGUGUUUGAAUUCAAGAUGCCUCAUGACUCUUCUUCUUCCUACAACCAAGACAUGCCUGCCAUCUGGAUGCUAAACGCUAAGAUCCCACGUACUCUUCAAUAUGGUAAAUCCGAAUGCUCGUGCUGGGGUUCUGGAUGUGGUGAGCUUGAUCUUUUCGAGAUUUUGUCUGCUGGCAGUGAAAAGUUGAUCACUCAUUUGCACGACGGACAGGGCAACAACGGUAACAGCCAAGGCGGUGGCGGUACUCAGGACUACUUUGCUAGACCAACUUCCAACAGUUUGAAGGCAGCAGUUAUUUUCAACGGUGCAGACAAGAGUUUGCACGUUGUUCAAGUUGAUGGCGACUUCGGCUCGAGCUUGAGUGCCAGCACCGUUCAAAAAUGGUUGGACCAAAGCGCUUCGGUCGCUAACUUGGCUUAA